GAUCUUGUUUCUAUCUUCCUCUAGCUGAACAUACUACAAAGCAUUUAUAAAGGGUAGGCAGCAACAACUCAACAUCAAAAGCUGCAAAUCAUCUUUAAAAACCAUGAGGACAACUUGUGUGUGUCUGGUCCUUGGGCUGGUCCUGCUGAUGGCCUGGACUUCUGAGGCUCAGCCUCAAGAACCAGCAAUCCUUGAAAAAUGCUGUUUCAACUUCAUCGACUUCCCAAUUCCACGCAACAGAAUUGUGAGUGCUGUGCAGACAAGCAGUGAUUGCCCCAUCAAAGCUUUUCUGGUUUCAACACAGAGGGGUGAAUUUUGUGUGCAACCAGAUGCGCCUUGGCUAAAGAAGAUAAUUUAGUGAGAGCUCCUGCCAUUGAAAAUGCAACACCUGAAUCAUGCCAUUCAACGCUUAAUACAGCUGUUCAUUCUUAUGAAAUGUAUUUUUGAUAGUUUUCACAAAAACAUUGCAAUACAUUGUUAAACACAAUCUUUUAAGUUUUAAAACUUUCCUUUUGUACUAAAUCUGUGCUGAAUUGUAAGAGAAUGCUAAUGAUUAUUAAAAUGCAUGGAAAUUA